AAAACUGAUGGAUGCUAAAACAUCGGAGGACGACAAACGUACCGAGGUCGAGCGAAGCAAGGAGCAAGAGCGCUCUGAGCUCCGCGCUCAAGUCAGCAAACUCCAGUCCGAGAUGAGCGAAGUUCGACGACGGGCAUUGGAGGAUCAGAACAAGUUGCGGGUUGACCUCGACGCAGCCAAGCGAGAGCAAGUUGCGGCAACGAAGGCCUCUCAGGAAAUGCAACAGCAAACGAAAGCUCACUCUCAGAACUUACGAGAGGCUGAACUUGCUGUCAUCCAGGCAGAGAAGCAGAAGCGGGCGGCAGAAUCCGAAUUACAAUCCUUGCGCACCAAACAUAUCGAUUC